AUGAGCGGGGCCCCGGGCGGCCGCCGCCCGACCUUCCCCGGGCUCCCAGGGGAGCGGGUGCUUGAGGAGGCGGCGGGCGCCCGGCAGCGCCGCGGGAGCGGCGGCGGCUCCGUCCCGGGGACGCUGCUCUGCACCGACCGCCGCCUCGCCUUCCUGCCCGGCCAGGUGCGACGGGAACGCCAGGAACAAACGCUGGGAAUAAGCGCCCAACCCCGUCGCAUCCCUGACUCCCAUCCCGGCUCCAUCCCGGCUCCUUGGCGGCAGAACGCGCCGUGCUCACCCCGGGAACUCCUCACUGCAGGACGUAGCGGGGGACAAGGGGACAGCUGGGUCCAGAUCCAUCCCCACCACCCUUCCCGGGACUCGGGGCACACUCUGGGGCAGUUCCCAGCCCUCCCCAAUCUCCCACAGGCUGCCGGCUCCCGUGGCCUCCUCCGCUCGGAGGACGAGGUGGCCCUGCCCUGCAUCCACAAACUGGUGGCAGCCAGCAGCUUCUCCAAGCCCAAGGUGCUGACAGCCGCCUCCACCCUCAAGUUCAUCCCCGAGGAACUCGCUGUCUUCUGCCGGGAUUUCCGCAUGCUCCACUUCUACUUCCCCGAGGACGGGCUGGCUCCGCAGGCGUUCCGGGUGGCCAACGCCAUCGCACGGGCACGGGAGGCCGCGGCGUGGCUGGGGGACACUGCCCAGGGACACGCUGGCUGGGUCCUGCCCCCAGAGGAGGAGGAGGAGGAGGAGGAUGAGGAGGAGGAGGAAGGCUUGUCCACCACGCUGCUCUUCGAGAGCCUGUGGGACUGGGAGAAGGAGCUGCAGCGUCUCGGCGCAGCGGGCUGGAGGGUGAGCGCCGUCAAUGAGCGCUUCGACAUGGCCCCCAGCCUCCCCCAGUACCUCUGGGUGCCCAGUGGCCUUCUGGACCACGACCUCAAGCGAACCUUCGCCCACUUCCAGGAGCGUCGGGUGCCUCGCCUGUGCUGGCACCACCCGGGCGGGGGGGACCUGCUGAGAGCCGCCGGCUUCCAGCCGGCCUCGGAGCCAGGCAGCGAAGACGUGAGGUGCCUGGAGACGCUGCUGCUGGGGGGCCGCGGGCCCUGCGUGUUGGCCGACGCGGCCGAGCUGCCCACGCUCGCCGACAUCCAGCUGGCACACCUGAGGCUGCGGGCGCUCUGCCUGCCUGGUGCGGUGGCAGAGGAGAAGUGGCUCUCGGCCCUGGAGGGGACGCGCUGGCUGGAACACGUCCGCACCUGCCUGAGAAAAGCCGUGGAGGUGGUGUCGCUGCUGGCAGGGAAGCGCUGCUCCGUGGUCCUGCAAGAACCCUCGGACCGGGACCUGAACUGCCUGCUGGCCUCUCUGGUGCAGCUCCUGGGGGACCCCCACGCCCGCUCCCUGCCUGGCUUCCAGAGCCUGGUGCAGCGGGAGUGGGUGGCAGCAGGACACCCCUUCCCACACCGGCUGGGGCUGCUCCGCCGGGACAGCCCCCGAGAGGAGGCCCCCGUGUUCCUGCUGUUCCUGGACUGCACGUGGCAGCUCCUGUGGCAGUUCCCGGCAGAUUUUGGCUUCACCGAGGCUUUUCUCCUGGCGCUGCACGACAGCAGCUUCAGCCCCUACUUCAGCACUUUCCGCUUCAGCUGCCAGCGCCAGCGGCGCCACAGCAGCACGUCCCAGCUCCCCAGCCAGACCUACCGGCCCGUGGGGGGCUGGCAGGACCCUGUGGGGCGCAGGAGGGGCCCCGGCGCCUGCGCCUUUCCCCCGGUGUGGGCCUGGGGCCGGCGCUACACCCGGCAGCAGCAGCAGCAAUUCCGGAACCCCGCGGGACCCCCGGGCCCUGCUCAGCCCCUGGCUCCAGGCACGCCUGCAGACCUGUCAGGGGGUCCCAGGCCGGUGCUGACGCUGGCUAAGGGCUCCUUGUGCCCCCACUCCCUGCCCUGGUGGAACCGACCCCCCCUGCGCCCCCCGCACCGCCUGUCCCCGAGCUCGGGGACCCCAGGGGGGCUCUUGGGGACCGGCCACCCGCCCCCGGGGCUGCUGCUGCCCUGCACCGCCGCGCCCUGCAUCCGCCUCUGGCACCGCUGCUACCUCAGGGGGCUGCCCCAGGAACAGCAGCGUGGGCGCUUGCCCCCAUCCCUGUCCGGGCUGGCUGAGGAGCUGGAGCUGCUCCAGGACCGGCUGCACGCCUGGAACACGCGGAGACCCCACUGAGACCCCACUGAGACCCCACUGAGACCCCACUGAGACCCCACUGAGGGCACCUGGCCCCAGCCCAGCUCCGGGGUUCCGCCGGGAUCGCUCGGAUUUGGGGACUCUGCAACAACCCGGUGCUUCCCACUGCUCCCUGCGGCUGCUCCCGACUACCUCUGGGUGCUUGGGGCUCCCGAGGUGUCCCCGAUGCUGGACGGGGUCACGGUUUUCCAUUAAAUUCGUGCUGCUUC